AUGGACGACCAUUUACAGACUAUGAGCAUAGAAGAACAGCGAACGGUUGCAGAACCCGUCGAGGGGUUGGAAGAGAUACUCCUUGAUAAUUCAAGACCUGAGCGAAUGACUAGAAUUGGCACUCUCGCUAGUCCGUCAAUCCGUCAGGUGCUCACCACAUUUCAAAAAGAAAACCAGGAUGUCUUUGCUUGGAGCCAUGAAGACAUGCCCGGGAUCGACCCUUCAGUCAUGAUAAAACUGGACGAAACUGAUCAGGAGAAGACUUCAUUCGUCACCAGCCAAAGCCUCUUUUGCUACAAAGUAAUGCCAUUCGGUCUCAAGAAUGCGGGCGCAACAUAUCAGAGGCUUAUGAACAAGAUGUUUGCACAUCAGAUUGGAAGAAAUGUCCAAGUCUAUGUUGAUGACAUGCUAGUGAAAAGCUGA